GCUGCAUUGAGUAAAUUUUUAAAUAAUUAAAAAAAUAAUUCAAACGAACGUUGGACUUAAACUAUAGACAUAAAUUAUGGCUGGAAUCGAUUUAGAGCUAAUAGAAGAUGCGAUUACCGAGUUUAAUUUCAACGUUACGAAAUUGAGCAAAGCACUGUCUUUUUUUGAAAUUGGUCCGUGUAAAACAGCAAAUCUUAAUGUGGCCAUCCACCAGUUAGAAUCCAGUACUGUUGUUCUCUGUGACUCACUUGAAAAGGCAAUUCGACUUGCCACAUCCAAAAUUGGUUAGGUACAUGUUAUUAUGACCACCACAAGCUUAUGCAAAUAUCAGUAUUUUUAGAAGUAAACACGCGUAAUGAAGAACUAGAAAGUUUGAGAGCGUACAAGAAAAACUCCGAAUAUUUAUUGAAAUCACAAAAUGAGAAAAUAUUCAAACUUCAAACGAAUCUCACGGAAACGCGAGACCAGGUAGUCAGGCAGUCCGAGUCGGUUUCUUGGAUUGGUUCAAUAAUGGGAGCGAUGCUGUGGAAAACCUGCAAACAGCAUGAAAGCGUUAAGGCACUUAUAGGAACCGAAAGCCUGAAGGAGUUUCUGGGGAUGGCUAACUGCGUUCUCAGUAGUUUUGUGAUUCGACAAAGCAACAGUAAUGUGCUACUUUCAGCUGAGAGCGAAGAUUACAAGUUUGUUGCAUCACUUUGUGGCAUUUUAACGAAUCUGGCUGCCUUCCCAGAAGGAAGAGCUCAUUUAGCCACAGAAGCAGACGGCCUCAUCUUGGCUAAUAAUUUACUUCAUGCAAUACAACUGUUCCAAAUGCCCGAGGGAAGACUACUGAAACGGAUGUCUCUGACUUUUGUAUACAACAUUUGUCUAGAACCGAGCGGGAUUCGAUUUGUUUUAGAUGACGAAAAUCGUCUGCGGAGUGUGGUCGAUUGUUUAAGUCCGGUCAAUUCGGAAGAUGUACUGACGGUGGCCGUCAGCUUGGCAAUAAUGCUGAUCAAAGCAGCACCGGAAUUCCAAAUUAAAUCGAUGAUUGCUCAUCUAAUUCCCAAAGCAAUCGUCAAAAACAUGAUCAACACAAAUAAUCAGCAACUCAAGGAAGCUGCAGCUCAUUUGGUCGAGCUAAUAGAAUUUGACUGGUUAAAGGCAGCAGCAAUGGCAGAAACAAAAUCGGAACGCUUUUGA